AUGGGUGACUGGAAAAGCUACAUCAACACCAUUCUAAAAGAUAAGAACAUUGAAGAUGUAGCUAUCGUGGGGCACAGUGACAAUAAAUCAGUGUGGGCUUCCAAGCCAGGGGGCCUACUGGCAGCUAUCUCACCUCAGGAAGUGGGGGUGAUCAUAGGCCAUGACAGGAAGGGGUUCCUGCAGACUGGUAUCACCAUAGCUGGCAAGAAGUGCAGUGUGAUCCGCGACUACUUGCUUGUGGAAAAAGAUGCUGUGAUGGACACCAGAACCAAGGAGGGUGACAACAAGUCCAUCUGUAUUGGCAAGACUCCCAGAGCCCUGAUCUUCCUCAUGGGCAAAAACGGAGUCCAUGGAGGAUCCCUCAACAAGAAGGUGCAUGAGAUGAUUGCUAGCAUGAAAACCCAGAGUAGCUAG